CUUCAUCCAGUCACACGCUCUUCAGAGAGGACGCUGAUAUCGACGAUGGCUGAUCACGAACUGGUUCUGAAAUGCUGGGGGAGCGUCGAGGCCGACUUCGAGGGCACCGGAGGAGAAGUUCUGACCCGUCUGUUUAAGCAGCAUCCCGAGACUCAGAAGCUGUUCCCGAAGUUCGUGGGCAUCGCUCCGUCUGAUCUGGCGGGGAACGCUGCGGUGAACGCCCACGGAGCGACCGUGCUGAAGAAGCUGGGCGAGCUGCUGAAGGCCAGAGGAGAUCACGCUGCCAUCCUCAAACCGCUGGCCACCACUCACGCCAACAAGCACAAGAUCGGCCUCAACAACUUCAGGCUGAUCACGGAGGUGCUGGUGAAGGUGAUGGCGGAGAAGGCGGGGCUGGACGCCGCUGGACAGAGCGCGCUCAGGAAAGUCAUGGACGUCGUGAUCGGAGACAUCGACGUUUACUACAAGGAGUUCGGAUUCGCCGGUUAAACGACACGCUGAGCGUCACGAACGCAGCGGCAUCACAGAAAAAAAACGCUCGUCUUGUUCAUGCAUUAGUCAGCAGAAAUUACUGUGCAGCUAAUAUGAUUAGAAACUAUCUGCAGAGAACAAAUCAUGUCUAAAAUCCAAAUAAACGUACAACUGUCUGUAUAGGUGUUAGUCAGGACAGCGCUAUGUUUCAUUUCUACAGGAAUGAAUACGAGGCUGGAGCUGAAGUGACGUUAAUUACAGCGCGGUCACUGGACGACACACUGAUUGUUCAGCUGACCACACUCAGUACAACUUUGUCUAGACAAAAACUCAAAAAGAAAGUUGAUGAAAGCCUCGUUUCAUCUGCGUUAGAUCCAAGAUGGCGCCUGACCUGAUUAAUGUAAACGUGCCUUAGAACGAGCAGAGCCAAUCACGUCAGGUGUCGAGUGUCAGCUGAUCUGAUGACGUCAUGGCGGUGACUGUUAGGGUCUCAGGAGGAGCCUCAGAUUUGGACUAAACUUCAUCUGAACUGCACUCGAGUGAUUGCACAUGAAUAAAAUGAGUUCAAUUUGGGAGAAAAAAAA